UUGUGGCCUUCGUUCCCAGCCAUCCUUAUGCCCCCCCUCGGAUAAUACGGCCAGUCGCCUUAGAGCCAAAGGUGGGCGACAAUAAAGCCAUUUCUCCUUCAUCGCCCCCUCGGAUUUUUUUGAGGAUCUCCUCUUCCCCACCCCACCCCCAACGCGCUCCUCUUUCGGCAGAUUUCCCACUGAGAAAGUAAGCGAAGCUUUCUCCGGCAGCCCAUCCGGAACGCCAUGAAUCUGUUCCGCUUCCUGGGAGACAUCUCGCAUCUGUUGGCUAUAAUCAUCUUGCUGUUGAAGAUCUGGAAGACCAGAUCCUGUGCUGGGAUCUCUGGGAAGAGCCAAGCUCUCUUUGCCAUUGUCUUCACUACUCGGUACCUAGAUCUAUUUACGAACUACAUCUCGUUGUAUAACACCUCCAUGAAGGUGGUGUAUGUUGCCUGUUCUUAUGCUACGGUAUGGAUGAUCUAUAACAAAUUCAAAGCCACCUAUGAUGGCAACCAUGAUACCUUCAGAGUGGAAUUCCUGGUUAUUCCGACAGCAGUGUUAGCGUUCCUAGUAAAUCAUGAUUUCACACCCCUAGAGAUUCUCUGGACCUUCUCCAUCUACCUAGAGUCAGUGGCUAUUUUGCCACAACUCUUCAUGGUCAGUAAAACAGGUGAGGCAGAGACCAUCACAAGUCAUUACCUCUUCGCUUUGGGAGUCUACCGUGCCCUCUACCUGUUCAACUGGAUUUGGCGCUACCAGUUUGAGGGGUUCUUCGACCUCAUUGCCAUUGUGGCUGGUUUGGUGCAAACGAUACUGUACUGCGAUUUCUUCUACCUCUACAUUACAAAAGUUCUAAAAGGCAAGAAGUUGAGUUUGCCUGCAUAAGUUAAGAUCGAGACUGCAACUAAAUACUUUGGCCAAGGAGAAUGAAAGGAAAGCUUCACAGAAAAUUGAGAUUUCUUUUAAAAUAUUAGUGUCCUAUUGAUCUCAACUUCCACCCUGAACUUUGAUCUAAGCGUGGUUUGAGACAAAACAACAAUGGAUGGUCCUUCUACAAAGCAGACUGCUAUAGUUGGGGGUGAAGUGAAGCACAGCUUGAAUCCCAAGCUAAUGACUACUCCUGGUUAAUAUGUAGAUUGUAGAUUUUUGGGUUUUUUAAACCCAUUUUGAUCAUUCUCUGUGUCUAUAAUGCUUGAGUAUUAUUUUUUGAUGAAUCAGCACAAGUAGGAAAUACAUUUUUUAAAAAGUCUGUUAUCUGUAUCCUCUUAGUUUGGGUGUUAUAUUGAUAAACGCUAAUAUGAAAUGCAAGCUUUUCUGUUCAUGAAGGCCUGGUGCUACAGAACUAUCCAGAUAAGACAAGAAUGCUUACAAAUUGUUACUAUAAGUCUGGGUUUCCUUGGAUCUCACUUUUUGAAACAUUAGUGGCAAGAAAAUACCUUCUCCUUUAAAUACUUUCACUUACUUUCUCUUCAUUUUUGUAUUAUUUGAUGGUUAAAUCUUCAUUCACUAUAAAUAAAACCGAAACUCUUCCCCUUAUUAAUUAGUGCCUUUGUGGAAAGGAUGGGAACUUAAAUAAAAAUAAAUUCUGCUUUUUGUGUUUGUAA